CUCCGGACAGAAUAUGGAUUCUCAAAAGGAUGUUCAGCCUCCAAAGCAACAGCCAAUGAUUUACAUUUGUGGAGAAUGUGACACCGAAAAUGAAAUAAAAGCAAGAGAUCCUAUCAGGUGUCAAGAAUGUGGGUACAGAAUAAUGUACAAGAACAGAACAAAAAGAUUGGUUAUCUUUGAUGCCCGGUAAUAUGAAUUCAAGAUGUAGCUGUUUUGGCCUGGUUCAUUUUAGUAUACUGAUAAGUUUGGUUUGUAUACACAUCUGUUGUGGAGAAAUAUAUAUUUUUUCAUUCUGAUAUCUGUUGUAAAUUAUUCAAGUAGUUAAAUAAAGUUUUUAAUAUAAAA